AAGCCUCCUCGGGUGCUCCGCCCUCCCCGCGGGCUGCGUGCGGCAUCGCCUGCGAACCCUGGCGGUGAGCGGGGAUGGCGGUUGUGGCGGCGGCUGCAGGCUGGCUGCUCAGGCUUAGGGCGGCAGGGGCUGAGGGGCACUGGCGUCGGUUCCGUGGCGUGGGGCUGGCGCGGGGAUUUCUGCACCCCUCCGCGACUGUCGAGGAUGCGGCCCAGAGGCGGCAGGUGGCUCAUUUUACUUUCCAGCCAGAUCCGGAGCCCCGAGAGUACGGGCAAACUCAGAAAAUGAAUCUUUUCCAGUCAGUAACAAGUGCCUUGGAUAACUCAUUGGCCAAAGAUCCUACUGCAGUAAUAUUUGGUGAAGAUGUUGCCUUUGGUGGAGUCUUUAGAUGCACUGUUGGCUUGCGAGACAAAUAUGGAAAAGAUAGAGUUUUUAAUACCCCAUUGUGUGAACAAGGAAUCGUUGGAUUUGGAAUCGGAAUUGCAGUCACUGGAGCUACUGCCAUUGCAGAAAUUCAGUUUGCAGAUUAUAUUUUCCCUGCAUUUGAUCAGAUCGUUAAUGAAGCUGCCAAGUAUCGCUAUCGCUCUGGGGAUCUUUUUAACUGUGGAAGCCUCACUAUCCGGUCCCCUUGGGGCUGUGUUGGCCAUGGGGCUCUCUAUCAUUCUCAGAGUCCUGAAGCAUUUUUUGCCCAUUGCCCAGGAAUCAAGGUGGUUAUACCCAGAAGCCCUUUCCAGGCCAAAGGACUUCUUUUGUCAUGCAUAGAGGAUAAAAAUCCUUGUAUAUUUUUUGAACCUAAAAUACUUUACAGGGCAGCAGCGGAACAGGUUCCUAUAGAACCAUACAACAUCCCAUUGUCCCAGGCCGAAGUCAUACAGGAAGGGAGUGAUGUUACUCUUGUUGCCUGGGGCACUCAGGUUCAUGUGAUCCGGGAGGUAGCGUCCAUGGCAAAAGAAAAGCUUGGAGUAUCUUGUGAAGUCAUUGAUCUGAGGACUAUAAUACCUUGGGAUGUGGACACAGUUUGUAAGUCUGUGAUCAAAACAGGGCGACUGCUAAUCAGUCACGAGGCUCCCUUGACAGGCGGUUUUGCAUCGGAAAUCAGCUCUACAGUUCAGGAGGAAUGUUUCUUGAACCUAGAAGCUCCUAUAUCAAGAGUAUGUGGUUAUGACACACCAUUUCCUCACAUUUUUGAACCAUUCUACAUCCCAGACAAAUGGAAGUGUUAUGAUGCCCUUCGAAAAAUGAUCAACUACUGACCAUAUAGAAAAGCUGGAAGAUUAUAACUAGAUAUGGAAAUAUUUUUUCUGAAUUUUUUUUAUAUUUCCUCAGACUUACCUCUUUUUGAAAAGAGAGUUUUUAUUAAAUGAACCAUCAUGAUGUUGGCUGAAAAGUUCUACAUUCUAUUAUUGUAUUGUAACACAUAUGUAUUGAUGAUUUGCAUUAAGAGUUUCAGAUUAACUUUGAAAAAUAUUCCACUUGGUAAUCUUAUAAAUUCUGUUUAAUUACAUCUGUAAAUAUUGUGUGUGUGAUAGUAUUCAAUAAAGUAAAAUCAAAUUGUC